UGACUCGGGGGAGGCUGCUGGCGCUGAGAGGGAGUGUGGCAGCCGAACUGGUCUGGUGGGGAGGAGGAUUUCAGGGCUGGACAGUGGAUCCGAAGACCAAAAGCAUGUACUUCAGACUUCAGGGUGAGGUGGCCCUGCUCCUUGGGCAGUCCCUUAAUGCACUCUGGGCCGCAGUUUCCCCAUCCAUGAUUUAAGUGAGAGGUAGGCCUACAUGACAUCCAGGUUCUACCCAGCGGGAAAAUGCUUCGGUUCUGUGUUGGUCGGUGAGGCGGAGGCCCAACAAAUCUUCAUGCCUUUUUGUAACUUUGUUUAUUAGGGCAACCUUUAAAUCUUUGUGUUUUUCAAAUAUAAUUUUAUUUUUCAAAGUCAAAAGAGUUAAAACGAGAUGUUGCUAGUCCUGCUCAGGCAGGCCCCAUGGGUCCUCUUUACAGGAAUGUAAUGGCUGCUGCCUGGCCCCUGGUUCAGGGCACCUUCUAACUGCUCUGAGAGGCCUUGGCCUGCAUCUUGUCAGAUUCUGGGGAAAUCUGAUGACCCUAAGACACAUGGUCCCUUGCCCCACUGAGCCCAGAGAAGGAGUGAAACAAGAUACAAGUACCACAUGUGUAUAAGACUGUGGGUCUCAUAUGGGAGGACCAGCAGCUGUAAGACUGUGGGGGCCAUUAUGGGAGGACCAGCAGCUGGGGCCCCAGGCCAGAGAUGAACAGUUCAGAGGAGUGAGAUGAACUGCCACAGUGAUAGCACUGAGAUCUGUCUUGGCACACAACCAAGGACUAAAGGAUGUUUUGGGGGGAUUAAAAGGAAAUUCUAACAGGCAUCUAAUGUCCCCCUGGCUUUUUCCUAUGUUACAAGUGCUUGUGGCAGGAGGGGCUUUGUAGAUAUGGUCUGAGGAUUGAUGUGCAGUCAGCAUUUGGUCAGUGUAGCUGUUCUCAUAACUGUUGUCUUGUUUGUAGAGGGGCCCAAAACGACACAGGAUGCAGAGCUUCCUGAAGUUGCUGAGAGGGAGUGUGGGCACCGGCCCACCCUUGGUGGAGCUGGUGACCCUUGCAGGCACGCUGUGCCGGGACCUUCAGGAUGACCUUGCCCAGGUGCAGCCAUUAGUCACAGCCAUGCUGGACAGCCAGCUCCACCUCUAUCUCCUGGACAAUGCAGAUGUGGCCCUGAUGUGCGCCCGCAUGCUGGUCCAGCAGGAGCAGCACCAGGCUGCCUGCCAGCUGCUGAAGAGUUGCCGGGUGCCAGGAGGCAGCCAGGAGCUGGUGCAGCUCUGGCAUGACAUUCACUACCAUCUGUUCAUGAAGAAGAUGGGUGUGGCUGUGCUGACCCCGGUGCAGAAGUUCCGCUGCAGGAAGAGGAACCCACCGCCCCCCUCCCUCUGCCCUGAUGGCCUGAAGAGCCGGAACUUCCCCAGAGAAGUUCGCCAGAAGCUGCACGACUUUGCCUCGGGCGUGAGCACCAACCCCAGCAAGGCUGAGCGGGAGAACCUGGCCUCAGAGACGAGCUUGACCGCAGAGCAGGUCUACAACUGGUUUGCCAACUACCGGCGGCGCCAAAGGGCCUUUCUACAGCACUUGGAGCCAGUCCCAGAGGGCACUACAGAGGAUUCCAGCACCUGGGAGAAGGGUCUGAACCCCCCGCAGCCCUCAGAUCAUCACCUUGGCUCUGGGUGUGUGGAUAGGCCUCAGUGGUCAGGAGGUGAGGAAAACAGGCCUGCACAGUCCCCAGUGACCACCCGUGGGCCUUGGGAGCCGCUGGUCCUGGCCCAGGACUUCUCUGGAGAUGAGACUAUGCCAACGCCACUGGCUUCCAGGUCUCUGCAGAGUGGUGAGAUGUACCGGGAGGAGCCUCACCACAGUCCUGUCAUCUUACCCCAAGUCUGCCCUGGCUCUAGCCUCCACUCUCUGACUGCAAGCAGUGACAUGCUGGACCCAUCUCUGGCUGCCCCGAAGUCAUUGCUGAUGUCUCUUGCAAUGGCAUCCUCCAGGGAAGUUUCCUUCCAGAAUGAGCAGCUGGUCCACGAUCAUGGGAUGGACAUCAUGAUGCGUCCUGCAGAUGCUACCAUGUCUGUGUCCGUUGCCACCUUUGGUGAGCCCAGCUUCACAGGAUUUACUGACCCACCUGGCAGCAACCUGCAGAGGACAUACCUGGAGUUGGGUCCAGGCUGCAGCAGUGGCCAGGCAGAACGACAGGUGGGCAGCUUCCUGGUGACACAGCCCCCAUCGGAGGCUCCUGAGUUCUUCCUCCCCCAGAGCCCCCCAGGACUGGCACCAGCCCCAGACACCUUCCCCGGCCCUGUGUCUGCUGUGGAGCUGAGCCAGCCCCUGCCCUCCAGCCAGGUUCAGUGGCCCGAUGACCAGGCCUCCAGCGAUGCCUUCUGGGGGGCCAGGAUGCUCCUCGAGCUUUCAGGGAGCAGCCUGGGCUGAGCUGUCCCCCAGGGGCCCGGCCGCUGCUCCAGGGCAACAGUUGUGGGCGUUGGCCUUUCACCGCGAGUUACAGGCGUCCGGACUUGAAAGAGCACUUCCCCAGAGUUCCCUGGGGCUUCCACUGAGAGCACUGAGGGCACUGAGCCCCCUGCCAUGUUCACAUAGUUUGGUUGCCAAUUCCCUGUGUUGGGGGAGCAUUUAACGCUCAUCCAAUCAGAAGUCAAAAGUGGGUCUACUUCACUCAGGCAGUGGCAGGUUACAGAGCUGAACUCCUGGGGGUUCCUGCCAGGGAAGGCCUUUCUAGAGAGAGAAGGUGGUUCUGCUGGCCACCCUACCACGGACCCCGUGACAAGGCCAGACUUCUCUACCUGGGUAACUUUGUGAGUGAGGCAUGGGCAGCGUUUGGACAUGUCUGUGUCUGGGCCCUUUUCCAAAGUAACUGUAGUUAGAGUGGCCUGGGCAGGGGGCUGCAGGGUGUCCCCUGAGGUUGUCAUUUAUUGUGUUUUCUAAACAAUGUUGUAUUUCAUUAAAGUUGGAUGU